UGUCCUUUUGGUUUUAUGAACAUAAAAUUGAAUGGUUUUGUGCUCUAAAUGAAAUAACACCUUUUUGUUAUGCUUACAGAUAAAAUAUACUUUUGUGAACCAGUGUGGUGGUUUGUCAAACUUGCCCGGGAUGGGCAUAUAUCUCGUUGUCUGAUGCACGGCCAGUAGCAGACGACUUAUUUAUGUCGGCCAUAUCUUGUGUUUGUUUGUUCGCGUUUUGUGAUCGACGAGGAAUGAAGCAUGUUCACACAUAGUUCUGUACGCUGUGAUGACACUUUUGCGGGUGGGACUGUGUUCAGAAAUAACAGCUCCUGUACUAGAGAAACUGAAUGCUGCAGGACUUCGGACAGCUCUCGACGUUCUGAAUUGCAGCCUUGAAGAUCUCUCGGGACGUGCCGGUAUUCCUUACAAAGUCGCUGUCGAGCUUCGUCGGGCGAUUACUGCUAGGUUCGCUACACCACCCGCCAAUGGAGCGGACCUGUAUGACAGACUCUUCUGUUCGAGAGCAAUAUUAAGCAGUGGGAGUCGACGCUUGGACCGCCUUUUGGGUGGAGGCAUCUACAGUGGCGAAGUCACGGAAAUUGUAGGUGUGUCUGGAGCAGGGAAGACCCAGCUGUGCCAUUGCCUCAUUGCAAGCCUUCUCUAUCAGACGGCAAACUUUGGUUCCUUGUAUGUCGAUACUCGGACUUGUUUCUCUCCACAGAGAGUGCAGCAGAUUGUCAGCUUCAGACUUCAACAGCAGAAGCCAACAGCAGACCUGAGCAGAGUCCUUCACGUCACUGUGCAAGAUAUGCCCCAAAUGCUAUCCCUGGUUGCUCAGCUACGUCAGGAUAGCAUUAUCCGAGAGAGGAACAUCAGGCUGGUAAUUGUGGACUCCAUUACGUCUCUCUUUGCACCUCUCCUUCACGGCGACCUCCUGAGCGAAUCCCUCGGCUACUUGUCCCACCUCGGCCUGGCCCUCCUCGCCCUCGCGCAUCACAGACGUAUCGCCAUCGUCGUCACCAAUGACAUGGUUGCCGCCACCGGUGCGGGAGCCAAGCCCGCCCUCGGCAAACAGUGGGCUCACGUGCCAUCCGUCUCCUUGCGGCUACAGCACCACGUGGACGCCACCACUAGUAACAGGAGUGACCUUCGUAAAAUAGUUCUGGUGAAGAGUACUCGAGAACCCAGUGGGGAAGAUGGGGUUGUGGUUCGGAUAGGACAGAUGGGAAUCACAUCGAGUGUCGACAAGGGAUGACAUUUUUAAUCAGAUGUCUGUCUGGAGGUGCUAUAGCGUGUUUGUGGUCAAUGAUGCACUCAGGGACACAUUCGUAGAAGUGUUGGAGGUUAUUUUGUUGUAUCUUUUUGAGCAAGGGUAACACUAUCCGAGAUUUAUUCGGAAAAGAGAUUGUACGUACACUCAAACUCCUUUCCAACGAAACUCAGGGGACAGCAAGAAAAAUUCACAGUAAAGGUAUUUUCGUUAAAAAGGAUGCCCAUUGUUGGACCUAUAGGGUAUUUUAUUUAUUUAUAUAGUGGUAUUUUCGUUAAAAAGGUGUUCGCUAUAAAGGAGUUUGACUGUACUCAAACUUGUGGCGGCAAGAAACAGGAAUGCAGUCAAACUCCUUUAUAGCGAACACCUUUUUAACGAAAAUACCACUACAGCAAAUUUUUUUGCGGUCCCGCUGGAGCCCUAUAGGUCCAAUAAUGGACAUCCUUUUUAACGAAAAUACCUUUACUGCAAAUUUUUUUUUGCUGUCCCCUGAGUUUCGUUUUAAAGGAGUUUGACUGUACAGCACUUUUUAAAAUGUCGUGUUUUUUGUUGUAAGUUUAAGUGUGCAGAGGUGCAGCGAGGAGGUGUUUUUAGGUGCCUUUGCUUACAGAUAACUUUGGUCAAAUUCAUUCCCCUGAAAAUCCACCUGUGCUACCUUUUAUUCAACUUGAAGUGAUCUUAUUGAUUUAUUUCAACUAAAGUGAUCUCAAUUUCAUUGAAAUUACUGCAAACAUACUGCAGUGACAAUGUCUUGAACUGUGUUAAAAUCCUCCCACAGUAAAUGUUGAAACAUCGCACAUUUUUAAAAUACCUGUACUGUACAUAGUUCGUGCCGAUAUUUUAGUGGAGAGAGUGUCGUUUUCAAUUUAAAGUAAUAUCUGUAACCUCAUCAAACGAAAUUACUAAUCGUCACUCGGGUUAUUUGAUGUUGAUCUAGGUUCCUUUAUUAUAUAUUGUCUUUAAAAACUUUAGUUGGAAUCCGUAGAAGUCAUAUUUUAGUAACAAAUGGACGGUUUUAUUAAAGAGGUUGUAACACCUU